AUGGAAAGUCGGGCGACUACAACAGAAUCGAAGCAUACAUAUCCAACUUCUCCUUGGAUCCAAACACCCACGAUAGCAUCGUCCGCUUCGGCCACCUACUUCGACGCUCCCUCCCGCGCCCCGGCCCAGCUAGACUUCUGGCCGCUUCUCUUCCCCCAGCAAGCAUCCGUCUACCAGGCACAGCUGCUGCACUAUACAAAUCUCGUCUCCCCUGGACGAGGAGGCGGCUUGCAACAACCCCAAGCGCUUCCUCAGACGACGGUGGCCACCCCUCAGAUCCAGGCGGCGCCUAGGUCCCGAUCCUCCUCCAAGGUGUCGAACAAGGACAGCUCCGCGAUCAAGGGCACCCAAGGAGGCCAUGGGCAUAGAGCUGUGCAGAACAAAGACAAAGGCGAUCGCGCUGUCAUAACAGGCAAGGACGCUCCGCCCAAGAUGCAGCAGCAGUCAUCCCAACAACCGGAGCUAUCACACCCCCUCCCCGCUCGCCCUGCAGCCCGGACCGGUAAUGGACAGUCUCACUCCAACUCGAUGCCUUCCACUCCCCAGCAGCAUGCUAGAAACUUCUCUUUCGAGUCGCGAGAGCCAUCACCCACAGCAACAAACAACCACUCCCCCCGCUCUGCCUACUCCGAGACGAACAGCAACCUUCCCUCCUUGCGACCUCUGCCUCCGCGACUAAUGGGCGGAUGCCAGUAUGAGACGUCACAGAUGAACUCGAAAAGGAGAAUGCCCUAUAGCAUAGGAAGCGACAAGCUGGAGCGAACCAGCCCUGAUAAGAUCAAGAACAAGCUGUCGGAAGAUGAGGAGCGGAAGUUGACCACAGACAUGCGCGAACUGUACGACCGGUUAACGCCGACCGAAAAGGUGGAGGAGAACCGCCAAAAGCUUGUCGUCAAGCUUGAGAGGAUUUUCAACGAGGAAUGGCCCGGAAACGACAUCCGCGUUCACCUCUUCGGCUCCUCUGGCAACUUGCUGUGCUCGGACGACUCGGACGUCGACAUAUGCAUCACAACGCCGUGGAAAGAGCUGGAAGGGGUCUGCGUGAUUGCAGACUUGCUGGCACGAAAGGGCAUGAAAAAAGUCGUCUGUAUAUCCGCCGCGAAAGUACCCAUCGUCAAGAUUUGGGAUCCCGAGCUCGGCCUCGCAUGCGACAUGAACGUGAACAACACCUUGGCGUUGGAGAACACAAGGAUGGUCCGAACAUAUGUGGAAAUCGACCCCCGUGUCCGGCCGUUGGCCAUGAUUGUCAAGUACUGGACACGACAGAGGAUCGUGAACGACGCCGCCUUUGGUGGCACCCUCAGUUCGUACACCUGGAUCUGCCUAAUCAUCGGGUUUUUGCAACUUCGCGACCCUCCGGUUCUACCCUCGCUCCACCAGCGACAACACCAACGACUUCCUAAGAGAGGCGGGCAAGAGAGCGCGUUUGCGGACGACCUAGACAAGCUACGUGGAUUCGGCGACAAGAAUAAGGCAUCGCUUGGCGAGCUUCUUUUUCAGUUUUUUCGCUUUUACGCCCACGAGUUCGACUACGACAAGAAUGCCAUCUCGAUCCGUCUCGGACGAAAGGUGACGAAGCAGGAAAAGGGAUGGCACAUCGGCAUUAAUAACCAUUUGUGCGUGGAGGAGCCAUUUAAUACCAUUCGCAACUUGGGCAACACUGCGGAUGAGUAUUCGUUCCGCGGUCUUCACUUGGAGCUGCGACGAGCUUUCAACCUGAUUUCGGAAGGGAAGUUGGACGAAUGCUGCGAAAAGUAUGUCUACCCCAAGGAAGAAACACCAACGUUCCAGCGACCGCCGACACAAGCACGGCCUGUCAUGAUUCGGAGUUCUUCGCAACAACAUUCCGGGAGAGGGGGACGGGGUAACUACCGAGGACGGCACUCAAACAACUUCCACCGGAAUACGAACUCGAACCGCAGAGCCUCUUCAAGCGUGGCUUACGAUACCAACACCAUGUAUAUGCCUUCGGUCGCCAUGACGCCCCAGGAGCUCGCAUGGUACGCGCAGCAGGCCCAGUCACAUCAGCAAUACCCCGCGCUUGUAGGUGCAGCCAUGGCCGCCCAGUUACAACAGGAAAAUAACAUUCGGUUCCAGCUCUAUACUCAAUCCCAGGUUUAUCAGCAAGUCCAGGCUCAGAUGGCGGCCCAGAUGCAUGCCGCCCAAAGGAUGCAGGGCCCAUCUUCGACUUCCCAGCAGGGCUCGGAGCGUCCCCGGACCAACUCGUUUGACAACCCGCCACUCAGUGCUCCCAUCGCUGGCCCCCAGGACUGGUACAGCGUGUAUGGCGUUCCGAUGGCUGCCUACUAUGGUCAGGCCGGGUUCGCUUAUCCGUCGUCGCCGGCUACCGCGGCCGCCAAUUCUCCCGAGUAUCGCAGGGGGCUCCAGAGGUCGUCGGCGACGCCAGAGUCGGGUGCUUCAACUUCUGGAAGCUCAUUGAGGUCCCAGUCGCAACCCGCCUCACGUUCUGCUACGGGACAGCAGGUCCAAGGUUAUCCCGGGAACAGCACACCGACGAAUGGAAGCGCAAACACCGCACGACAGGUGAACGGGGCUCCGAUCCCAAGCUUCAUUCCUGAUGAUGCUGAUUUCGAUGAGUCCACGCAGCGUCCCGUGAGCAACUCGCCGGCUUCUGACGAGGGUGCUUACCUGGGAUACUACGUUUCAGACGCGUCCAGUCCGGCACGUUCGCAAGGGACACCCAAUGCCAUCGCCUUUGGCGACACGACUCAACCGGCCCAAGGACGUCGGAGACUGUCAACCGAAGUUCCGCAGACGAUCCUCGAUCGCAGAAUGCGAAGGACAUCGCGCUCACCGUCCCCCCUGGGCCAUACUCGAGCCUAUUCCACUGGCGGCAAUGCAGCCGUGCCAGCCCAAGUGGGCGCUUCGUCAAGUCCCAACGGACAUCGAGUGGCUUCUCGGCCUUUGAUAGUCAACGGCACCGGGUCAUCCUUGCGAACGAGCUCGACGCCAUCCCAACGCCACGACCCAGCGGGAACUGUAGCCGAUUCCAACACCACCGAAGAGCUAAGUCUGCUAUCCCCGGAUAAGCCACUGCAAAUCCAGGGUCUCGGGAUUAGUGGCUAUACCGCAGACCAGGGAGAUGACCUGCCUGAACCGGUUCAGACUCCGGUGAUUGUCAACGGCACCACUCCUCUGUCGUCCGCUCCCAACACUACGGCUGCUGCCUUGCCUACCACUGCCUCGUCCCGGCCUGUGGACGACCCCUCGUUCCGUGACAGAAUCGCACUCAUGUCAAUGAACCAGUACGCAUGGGCCUCGCAAGCGCAGGCGCAACCGGAAGUUGUCAACGGCACCCAGAUGUCUCUCCGCCAGAGAGCCAUGUCGAGGCAGCAAAGCGGGGUCAUAGCGCCACUCGAUCUGGCCACCCGGGACAAUAGGAUAAACGGCCACCAGCUGAGCAUCGACGCUCAGCAUCUCUCGCCGAUCAACGAGACUCGGUCUCCCUCGCCGACCGUUGUGAGGAAAGGUGAAUACCCAUUGAGAGCCGAUCAGUCGUCAUUUGUCCCACAGAACUCUCUACCUAAGGUUCAGGGUGAGCCCCCCGUUCCCGCCCACACGAAGGGAUCGGCGGCAAGCCACUCCAAGCAAGCCCAGUCAUCGGCUCAGUCGCCGAAGCGGCUAUCGACAUCCACGCAACGCUCGGUUCAGGUAGCAACACAGUCGCAGGCGCAGACCUCUAGCCAGGCUCCGACUCAAUCACCAAAGGUUAAUGGCAUUCGAGAGAACGGUCAUACCCGAGGCGUCAAGAGCGAAAGCCAUGGUCCUGAAGGCACGUGGCAAAAGGCUACCAAGAGUCGCAGGAAGGGCGCGGAUGCCAAGAACCAGCAGGGCGGCGGGUUCGUCCCGAGCGAACAGCCGCCCAAGCACGAGGCUGACCGAAAGGGCGGCUAA